UCGAUUUCAUAUUACUAACAAUGACAUCAUGCAAACAUUUUCACCAAACAAAACAUGAAAAUUACCCACCAUUUUUUCUAGGGAAAAACGAAACAAAUCCAAGUAGCUUAAAUCGGAUAUGUAUUUCUAUCCAACAUAGGAUAAACCGAUAGCAUCAUGCAUACCAUUGUACAAAGAAUAAAGAUAAUACUACUACAUGUUCUAAUUAUAGAUCUAUAUAUGUAUAGUGUGAAUGGUUGUUUAACAUGGAGCCUUGAUGGAAACUCAAUUAAAUUCAUAUGUAGAAUUGAAAGCACAAGUACAGUAAAUUUAUUUGAUAAUUAUGGACAUAAUGUUGCAAGAUGUAAUAUAAUUGGAUCUUCUGGAAACUGUUCCUCGUCUUCAUUUGUAAAAUCAACCAUCCAAGAGAAUGCAGUGAUGUUUUAUAUAGACAGGAACCGGCAGACAGGUGUAAAUGGAAACUGGUCUUGUUUACAGCAGAACAAUAUAUUCACAGCUGAAGUUUUAACAACGAAAGAUAUAACUGACUCUACUACCGUCAACCUGUUGGGCAAAAUCGUUCAGGAUAAGGAUGUCCAUAGGCUAUUGUUGACAUGCUCCUCAUGCAGGAUACCUAAAGGGAAAAGCGCAGAGUUUCUAAUGAAUAAUAGAACAGUUGAUCAUAUCACUUUUAAUGAUGAUUCGGGAAAAUGUACUCAUAUGCAUGGAGUAUGUAUUGCGGGUACAUGCAACUGCAGUCAAUCUGGAAAUACGUUCACUCGAAUGUUUGUACUCUCAAGACCGUUAAAAACUCCUACAUACUUUGCGUGCGACCUUAGAUUCGAAAACGAAGCAAAUUCAGUAGUAUUUUCUAAAGUUCCAACUGUGUCUUUCAACGGAAUUGAGUUUGAAAACAGAGGUACUCACACAGUCAUACCGAAAUUAUCUUACGACCCAAAUCGUCCAAAAGAGACAGACAAAGGAAAAGAAACAGCGCAAGUUGUGAUAGCUGUUUGCAGUACAAUAAUAUUGUCGAUUAUACUACUGGCGUUACUGGUGUUAUUGUAUCGGAAAAGUAAAAAAAGAAAAUCAGAAAAGAUACCAAUAAAUGGUGCAGACUCUCCGCUUAUUGAAAAGACUUCAGAAAAGAUGCAAAUAAAUGGUGCAGACUCUCCGCUUAUUGAAAGAAAAUCAGAAAAGAUGCAAAUAAAUGGUGCAGACUCUCCGUUUAUUGAAACUAUCGACAAAAGUUUUAAGGUCAACGUUGAGGACAAGAGCAUUCAGCAUGAUAGGGUUUUACAAGAUGUUGAACAGAUACAAGAUCCAGUUGUUCGAACUGAAACUAACGACAAGAGUUUUAAGGUCAACGUUGAAGAAGAGUGCAUUCAGCAUGAUAGGGUUUUACAAGAUGUUGAACAAAUACAAGAUCCAGUUGUUCAAAUUGAUACUCAUUACCAAAGUAUCAGUAUCAACUUUGUAGAUCAUAGCCUUUUGCCUGAUAAGUGUUUACAAGAUGUUGAAUGGAUACAAGAACCAGAUGGUAUAACUGAAACUAACGACAAGAGUUUCCUAGUCAACUUUGAAGAAGAUAACCUUCGGCAAGAUAUGUGUUUACAAGAUAAAGAACGGAUACAAGAUCCAUUUGUUCAAACUGCAGAAACUAACGACCAGAGUACACAAGUCAAUUUUGAAGAAGUUAGACUUUUGCAUGAAACUAACGACCAGUGUAUCCAAGUCAACUUUGAAGAAAAUAUAAUUUUGAAUGAAACAAACAAAAAGAGUAUCAGAGUCAACGUUGAAGAAGAUAAUCGUCUCCUAGAUAUUUAUAAACGAGUUUUAACUAGACGGAGCAUGGAGAUCAGCCUUAGCAGGCCAGCACAUUCUGCGGAUGCAAAACUUGAUGUACUAUUUAUGAACUGUAUUACUUUUAUUGAAUCACAAUGGGUUUCAAGAGUUGCUGAGGUACUGGAAAGGGAAUUUGGAUUGCUCUGUGGAAUUCCUUUAAUCGACAUUGACAGUUUCAAGAGUGUAUCCGAAACGACAAAGAUUGUUAUAACUUUUUCAGAGAAAUCUGCAAGACUUCCAGAUGCAUGGAAAAUGGCUGAAUUUUUACCAGCAGUUGUUAUUGUAAUGGUUGAGGAAUGUUCGAUCCCUAUUCAGCUCACUAAUAUGAAAUGUGUAGACGCUACUCAGGAUAUACAAAUCUGGUUAAAACAACUUAUGAUUGCUCUUAAAUUAAGAAAACCGUAAAUAAAGUCACACUUAUAUAAUCAGAAAUGGGAAGUAGGACGGACUGGUUUCGGCUGAAGAUUUAUAAAUUAUAUCUUUUUUUCAUGUCACUAACAGAUCAGUACAUGAGAAGGGUAAUUGGGAAAAGAAAUUGAUAUUGCUUUGUUUAAAUUUCCAAUGUAACUAACAGGAUCUUCUUUUAAGAUAUUGUUAUCGCUAAAAUAUAAACUAGUAACAUUGACAGCAAAAAUGACAAAAACAGGUUUCCAAAAACUAAUGCUUAAAAUGGUAUGCUACAUUUCUGAAAUAACGCUAAUGGCUGUAAGUAGACAUAAUUCUCUUCUUCUACUUAACUCUAGAAAUGAGAGUAGAAAAGGGGAUGAGAAAAUAUCAAUGAGGCAAUUUAGAACCAAAUAAUUCGAAGAUCAACAGAGAACAAUAUGGCCAAACAAAAUUAAAAUAAAAAUUAAAAUUAAACGAAAGACUGCGCAAUACAAAUUAAACCAAAAAGGAAACACUGAUUUAAAUGAGUUAUAUAAUUAAAAGUAGUAUAGGAUAAAAGUAAAUAUGGAAUUUUUGUGUAGGUGCGAGGCAAGGGUUUCAUUCCAUAAUUGUUCUAAAUGUAUAGGUUAAAUGUAACAUCAGGAGACGGUAUCGGUUUUUAAUGUGUGUUUUCUAAAAAAUAUAAAUUCAAAUGUCUUAUAUUUGUCUACCAAAAUUAGGAUUGUAAUUACAAAAAAAAUAGGUGAAUGUAACCAUAUCUUAAUCAAAUUGUCCUAUCUCAAAAACAUGUUUGUCGAUUUUCAUAUCUUGAUGGUUUUCGUUUAGGCCUUUUUGAUUUUUGAAUUGUCGGACAAUCUUCUGUAGUCCCUGUUUAAUUUAUUUACACUUUGGGUUGAGUACUGUCUCAUUAACAGUUUGACAUACAUGGUCACUGUAUUUUUCAUUCACACUUUUUUUCGUUGGUCCCUGUAUAAUAAAUUCAAACUUUUAAACUACAAACGAGAUAUACAUUUCUCAACUCAUUUUGUAUUCAAGAGCUUAGAGCUGCUACUCAGACUUUGUAAAACAUCACCAGUGUAUGAGUAGAAAGUUGAAGAACUAGGGGUAUGUCAAAUAAAGUUUCGUCCUUUUUCUAUAAAGGCUCAUCGAAAGAUACCAAGACCUGGUUGACAAAUAAUACACGAUGGUCUUUAUGUAAAGAUUCUAGGUACUUACGUUGUUUAUAAUCUUAAUAGUAUUCUUUCAUUUCUGCCUUUGUAAAUCAUUUCUUUCACUGUUUAGUCUAUUUUCGGUAAUAUCCAUUAGACAUGGCUCGUUGUGUUAUUGCGAUAUUGUAAUAAAAAAAUAUUCUUGUC